UCCACCUUACAAGACAUACAGUAAUUAGGAUUUGAGGUUGCAGGAUAUUUUUAUGCAAAACUAAUCCAUGGACAAUUAUCAUGUUGGCAAACGAGAUUUGAAUCCAGACAUUUGCUGACUCUAAUAAUAUGCUAAACAUGUAAAGACAAUAUAACAUGAAUUACAUGGAGUACAAAUUACAAUAUUUUCUUGUAUAUUAGUUGUCUUUUGAUUUGCCUGUAAUGGAGAUCUGUUGCCAUUUCAUUCCAGAUGAUGACUACCUCACUGAUGGCACUCUUGACACCCCAAUUGAUUGGAUGACCGGUCUGAAAAAUAUUUGCCUUAAGGACGUUCCUAGUUUUAUCCGAACAACUGAUCCCAAUGACAUCAUGUUCGAUUUCAUGGGAGAAGAAGCACAGAAUUGUCUGAAAGCUCCUGCCAUAAUUCUCAAUACCUUCUACGAAUUUGAACAAGAAGCCUUACAGGCUGUAAUAUCCAAAUUCAAUUUCCCAAACAUUUACACAGUAGGGCCUCUUUCUCUACUUGGCAGGCACUUCCCUGAAAGCCAAGCCGAGUCUCUAAACUCGAGCUUAUGGAAGACGGACUCUAAAGUUUUUGAAUGGCUAGAUAGCCAAAAACCUGAGUCAGUCGUUUAUGUGAAUUAUGGGAGCGUGACAACAAUGUCAGGAACUCAUUUUCAAGAAUUCGCGUGGGGGCUCGCAAACAGCAAGCAACCGUUUCUCUGGAUUGUCAGGCCAGACGUUGUGAAAGACGGAUCAGCAAUGUUGCCUGAAGAAUUUCUUGAGGAGAUUAAGGAUAGAGGAUUGUUAAUAAGCUGGUGUGCGCAGGAUCAGGUGUUGGAACACCCUGCUGUAGGUUCGUUCUUGACACAUUGUGGAUGGAAUUCUAUGAUGGAAAGCAUAUGUGCAGGUGUGCCAGUGAUCUGCUGGCCUUUUUUUGCUGAUCAGCAAACAAAUUGUUACUAUUCGUGCUCAAAAUGGGGAAUUGGGACGGAGAUCGAUUAUGACGUGAAGCGCGAUGAAGUUGCGCAAUUGGUUAGGGAAAUGAUGGGAGGUGAGAAAGGUGAGAAAAUGAGAAUCAAGGCUAAGGAAUGGAAGAAAAUAGCACAAGAAGCUACUGAUGUCGGGGGAUCAUCUCAUGUCAACUUUGAUAAGUUCAUCAAGGAAGCUCUACACUUUCAAGAUUGAUAAAGGGAUCAGAAAUCCAAUCUGCAACAUUAUCCAUUUUCACAUUUGUUUUUCUGAAAAUACAAAAAGAAAAAUGGAUAUUUCUAUUUUAGAGAAACCAGCUCCACAGAAUUCUGUCAAAAAUCUCACGUGUGGGACCCAUGUUUUAAUAAAAAAUAUCAAAAAAUUCCCCACCCACCCCCUGCCGUAUCUGUUUUGUUUGGCUUAUGUGUGUAGUUUCUAUACACACAACAAGCUCUAAGAAAAAUAAAGGUUGACCGAUCUAAAUAGGCUGCCUGGUCGGGCCAAGUGGAGCCAUUUAUAGGGGUCCAAGUGGCCCUACCAACCUUUACACUACUUAUUCCGUCUAUCUAGCAUGACUAAAUGUAGAACAUAUAUAUCUUCAUCGGGGAUUAAAGUUUCAUUUAUCAAGUUUCAAUUGUUAUUUA